UGUAAUCAACGAAAAUUACACGUUUUACAGUCGUAGACUGGCAAUUUCGUUUAACAAAGAGUACAUUUUUGUUGCUUGUCUCUUUGUUCUCGGUGCAAGAAAUUGAAGAAGACGAGAAUUGAACGGUGGGGGCAGGAUGCUUCCUGGCUACAGUCCCGUUGUCCAGGCUCUGCUGGGGACUCUGUUCACCUGGGGACUCACUGCUGCGGGCGCCGCCCUGGUCUUCAUCUUCUCCAGCCGGCAGAAACGCAUUCUGGACGGGAGUCUAGGCUUUGCUGCAGGGGUGAUGCUGGCGGCGUCGUACUGGUCUCUGUUGGCCCCGGCGAUCGAGAUGGCGGAGAGCUCUCAGAAGUACGGCGCGUUCGCUUUCCUCCCCGUCGCCAUCGGAUUCGCCCUCGGAGCAGCCUUCGUCUACGCCGCCGACCUGCUCAUGCCAUACCUGGGCGUAGGGGCGGAUCCCCACGUUGCGCUGGCCCUUCCCCCCGAAGCUAAACUGACCAAAGAGAAGCAGGAAGACGCCCCGCCCACAGACCCAGAGGAGCUGUCAAUCAGGAUAGGUAGAGGCGGAGCUUACCCAGAUAAGGUGGAGAACGGAGAGGUGCACCAGAGGAGGCGGGGCCACAGCAACAGUCCGGCAGAGGGACAGGAAGUGAGCUCAACACCACAGGAAGUGACAGAACAAAGCAGGAACAGCUGGAGGCGCAUCCUUCUCCUCAUCCUCGCCAUCACAAUCCACAACAUACCAGAGGGCCUUGCUGUUGGUGUGGGAUUUGGGGCUAUUGGAAAAACAUCUUCAGCCACGUUUGAGAGUGCCAGGAAUUUAGCCAUCGGGAUUGGCAUCCAGAAUUUCCCAGAAGGCCUUGCAGUGAGCCUGCCUCUGAAGGGCUCGGGGGUUUCCACCUGGAGAUCCUUCUGGUACGGGCAGCUGAGCGGGAUGGUGGAGCCGGUGGCGGGGUUGCUAGGCGCGGUUUCCGUGGUGCUGGCGGAGCCGUUGCUACCCUACGCGCUGGCGUUCGCUGCCGGGGCGAUGGUGUACGUGGUGGUCGACGACAUCAUCCCAGAGGCGCAGCUCAGUGGCAACGGGAAGUUGGCCUCGUGGACUUCAAUCCUGGGUUUCAUCGUGAUGAUGUCACUGGACGUGGGCCUGGGUUGAGGCCUCCCAUUGGCAGGAAACUCUGCUGAUGUCAUGCGGCGACGUGAGGCACGUCAUUGGUCAGCUGAGGGACACGCCCCCCAGGCCUCCCUCCCCAGAGGAGGCGGGGCUAACACAUUUUUUAUUCUUAUUUUUAUUAUUUGGAAUCUCGUAUGUUUGGGGCCGAGAGGCUGGACAGAGGAGGACAACACACACACACUCCUCACACUCCUCGCACCUGGCCUGUGUGUGAUCUGGAAUCACUGCUGCAGAGAGGGACCAUUUGCCAUUGUGUUCUGUGUGCGUGUCUUGAAGAGGGCAUGGCUGUUUGUGUGUGUGUGUGUGUGUGUGUGUGUGUGUGUGUGUGUGUGUGUGUGUGUGUGUGUGUGUGUGUGUGUGUGUGUGUGUGUGUGUGUGUGUGUGUGUGUGUGUGUGUGUGUGUGUGUGUUUGCCUGUGUGUGUGUGUGCGUGUGUUUGCCUGUGUGUGUGUGUGUGUGUGUUUGUUGAAGAGGGCAUGGCUGUGUGUGUGUGUGUGUGUGUGUGUGUGUGUGUGUGUGUGUGUGUGUGUGUGUGUGUGUGUGUGUGUGUGUGUGUGUGUGUGUGUGUGUGUGUUUGCCUGUGUGUGUGUGUGUGUGUGUUUGCCUGUGUGUGUGUGUGUGUGUGUUUGUUGAAGAGGGCAUGGCUGUGUGUGUGUGUGUGUGUGUGUGUGUGUGUCUGUGUGGGAGAGUGUGUUCUGAUUCCAGACUACCAAACAUCUGCAGAACUUUUCACUGUUUACACAUCCGGACCAGCACUGAGUCACACUGGCACACUGCAAUGGCAGAGAGUGAGAGAGAGUGUGUGUGUGUGUGUGUGAGUGUGUGUGUGUGUGUGUGUGUGUGUGUGUGUGUGUGUGUGUGUGUGUGUGUGUGUGCGCGCGUGUGUGCGCGAGUGUGCGCGAGUGUGCGCGAGAGUGUGUGUGUGUGAGUGUGUGUGAGUGUGUGUGAGAGUGUGUGAGAGUGUGUGAGAGUGUGUGAGAGUGUGUGAGAGUGUGUGUGGAUAUGUUAUACAGACACAACCGAAUAGAAGGCCAGAGUGAUGUGGUGGUAUAAUAAAAAGCCAUGAUUGAA